AUGCUUCUCUUGCCACAUGAACCAGCCUUGGAGGCAUGCAAACGGUCUUUUUGCAUAUUUGGUACCAUCGAGAAUGAGCUGUACAUCAAGUCUGUCGAUUUCUAUAAAGCGGCCACUCAACUCUGUAUCAGAAUCAGAAACAUCGACCAUACACAGGAAGAAGCACAGGCGAUCGACAACAUUCUUCAAAAGUGUAGAAAAUACACAGUCCUUCUUGGGAUAGACGCGUUCAUGUUCCCUUCCAUUAUCAACGACCUCAGUCAUCAAGUUAUUAAGGAGCCUUGGGAACGCCUUGCCAUCGCAGCCAACUGUUGCCAGUAUUUCCGUCGCUUGGACACCAGGGUUUUACGUCAAAAAUCGGCCAGUCUUAGCUUAUCAAUCCUGACUAUGUGUCUUAUCAAUGGCGAAAUCCUGGACAACAGCAACUCUAGCGCACCUUUGGACCCAAAGAUGACCGUCUCUACGUAUUUGGAAACUCAAUGCCUACAGUCGUUUACCGCCCCUAAGCUGCAGCAUAACCUCACUUAUCGCAAAGGAUGUCAGUUCAUGCAUGUAGAGCUUGGUGCACUCGGCAUCAAGACGAGAGGGCAUAUAUGGGAGCUGGGAAAGAUUAUCUAUACGCGCAGAUUCUCGAUGCAUCUCCCACGGCUGAGGUCUCGACAUAUGCGACUGUCACUUUACGAAUGUCAAAGACUCGUGCAGCUGGUAAAGGUUCUGAGGACCCUCGGACAUAGAUCACUCGCCGAACUCAUCAGUGAGUUUAUAUUUGGAGGGCAAAAGUUCGAGACGUUCGCUGAAAGCUACAAGCUGGAUAUGGCGAAGAAGAUAGCGUUGGCUAUCACAGACGGCAAAAAGCUAACGCUCGGAAGACUCUGGGCACGUGGAGCAGCGUCGUCUCCGUACACCACGAUCUUCAUUUAG